AGCGACGUGGCCAGCGUGUGCAGUGCUGUGCUGCAGUGGUUGGUGUGCGGUGAAGAAGUACAGCCUCUAGUGACGCAGUUCCUGAGGCCGGUGCUGUGCAGUGGUGACAGUGCAGCAAGUGAUGCAGUGCUGCAGCAUUACGUGCAGCAGCAGCUGGGGGAGCUCCACCAGCAGCAGUGGCUGCUGGGGGAGCAGCACGAGGCGCUGUGGGAGGACAAGCUACAUGCUGUCUGCAGGGCCAUAAAUAACCUACAGACGCGCGUGUCGUGCAUGACGGCGUGCGUGGCGCACGCAUGCGUGCCAUGGAGCGCAGGCACGGAGCAGUUGUGCGUGGAGGCGCUGCAGGCCGCUGAGCAGGACGGUGGAGCAGCAGGCCAGCGCUACAGCCUGCAGCUGCUCGAGCACCGCAGGCUGGCCACCCUUAAAGUUACCCUCGGACGACAUGGCCUGCGUAUCACUGAGCUCAGUGGCCCCUCCACUGCGCAGGUCAGUGGCCUCCACUGCGCAGGAGGCAGCGUGUGUGCAGGAGCUGCGCUGCAGGAGCUGCGUGUGAUGCUGCAGGCGCUGCAGCAGCUGCACACGCUGCUGCACACCUACAGGCUCAGGGUGCCUCUGCAGCAAUACAUGCAGGUCAGCGACGUUGCCAGCGUGUGCAAUGCUGUACUGUACUAA